GUGAAAGUGGCUGAAGUAUUGUUAGUCCUUUGCACGGCCUCGGCCACGCCACAUUUUCGCUUGUUUUGUAUUGGUGGAAUAUUUCCCUUAAGUGUCAGCAAGGUCAAGGUCUGUCCAAGAGGCUGAAAAAGUUAAUCAUUUGCAUUCAGAAUGAGUGAUGAGGAGGAUUUGGAGAUGUUGAGAAUGGCUGCAUUGAAAUCCAUGCAAGAGAGAAGGAAGAAACCUGAACGAAGACAUCUUCCUGUCAAGCACUACCAUCGGUCAGAUCCGAGGAGAUCAAAUCUUAUUUGUAUCAUCCCUGUGGAGGAGAAACAAGAAGUGAAAGAUGAAGUGCAAAAAUCUGCACAGAAGUUUUCCUGGUCAGGUGAUUUAGGAGGAAGCACUGCACACUGUACAGGUCAAGCUAAAAAAGAAGAAUCCAAAGUAUUCACAAAAUUUGACCGCUUCAGAGAAGAUAGUGAAAGUUCAGAGGAGGAAGAUGAUGAGAGUACAUCAUCAAAUUCUGAUGCCAGUCCUAGUGAAGAAGAAACUAAUGGUGAAAGUGUUAAACAGAAACUUAUCAUGCAAGACACCAUCCAAAGAGAUCCAGUUAGUGAGAGUGAAGAAAGGGAUAGAGUGUGCCUCCAUCAUGCUGAAGGCAAGAAUGUAGAAGGGAAAGAGAGAGACAGAGCCGUAAAAUUGGAACAAGAUGAGUUUGAUGCCUUCUUGGAAGAAGUGGAACGUGAGCUCCAAGAUGAGACCCUGCUGGGAUCAUCUGGAAAGCUAGUCAAAACUGAGGACUUGCCAAAACCAUCAUUGCAGAAUGAAGAAUGUUUAGGGAAGAAGAAGAAGAAGAAGAAAGAGAAGAAAAUGAAGAAAAGGAAGAAGGAGCAGGAGCGAUGCAAGUUACCUGAAGGGGAACACCAAUUUGGCGAGGUGAAGGUGGCAUCAAGGAAGCAUAAAAGAAACAGAGGAUCAGAGAACCAGUGUGUCAUUAAGGAAACUGCCUCCCAUUCUCUCCCAAGAAGUUCUCACAAUUCAUCUCCUUGCUGCAUUUCAAGACAAUUCUCGGGAUGCAGGACCCCAAGCCUGAGUCCAUCACCUGUCUGUGAUACAUGGAGUUCCAGUCGCAAGACUUCACCAUUGAAGAUGUCUUAUGAUUCUCGAAUGGACCGUGGGACUGUUAGUCUUCAGAACAGUCCCAAUGCUUGUCGACAUCAUUCCCGAUCUCGGAGUCCCCUGGGUGUUUCACGUCGUGCAUCAGAAAGUCCAAUUGCGCACUCAAGGAGGCGCUGCAGUGCAGAAAAAGAAACUCAAGUACGACCUCUCCCCCGUUCAACUGCUUGUGAUGAAAGUGAUAAAGGAAAGUCAACUGCAAAGGAACAAGAACUUUUAGAAGCUCGAAAGAAGAAGUUCCUCACAGUUGAACCCAUUUGUUCAAGUCAUGGAAAAAUCAACCUGAAGAGAUUGAAGGAAACAAUCUCAGGUCUUGGGGAGAAUCCACAAAAAGGAAAUGAUGACUCUGAGAACCAACUGCAAGAGAAGAUAAUUGUCCCAAAAACUGACAAAAAGGAAGACCGACAGGAUCACAAAGAUGUUGAUCUGAGGGCACUGCUUGACAAACGGAGGCUUGGAGGUCAAGUAGAAAUUGUCAGUCCUGAGAAGGAGGAAAUGAAGAAACAGAGCAAUGUCACUAUACAUCAGAUGAGUGUCAGGCUGAAAAAAGAAAACAAGUUGUCACCACAGAGGAGCAAAGUAGAAGACACCACAGCAAGUUUGGGAGUGCAAGAAAGGAGUGAACCACGAUCUUCGAGACGUGUGAUUGUGGUCAAGCGACCAAGUGAUGAACCCAGUCAGGAAUACUUAACUUCAAAGAAGGCAAAGAUGAGUAAUAAAGGGAAGGAGAAGAAGAAAAGGAUACAUUCUCGCAUUGGAAUCCCUCAUUUGCACGAGAGAUUGAAAGUCAUGAUGCACAGCGAUGAUGACAACAGUGAUGACAUGGGCAACCAGGAGAAGCAACAGAGGCAACAAGUGCCAACGUUUGUGUCGGGUAAGCGAGCAAAGGUGAAAUGCAAACAGAAGUUCGCACAAAUGAAGCGCAUGAUCAACCCCCGAGAUUCUCGGAUCAAAGAAAAGGAGAGAAAGGCACCCAAAAAGAAACCUCCAGACCCUCAUGAGCUCCAUAUCAAUCAUGUGCCACAGAUGUGUUCUGCCUUGUUCUUUGAGUAUAACACUCAACUUGGGCCUCCAUAUCACAUCCUGGUUGACACGAACUUUGUCAACUUCUCCAUUAAGAACAAGUUAGAUAUUGUUCAGUCCAUGAUGGACUGCCUCUAUGCCAAAUGCAUUCCAUACAUCACAGACUGUGUUCUGGGAGAACUGGAGAAACUUGGACGGAAGUAUCGGGUGGCAUUGAAGAUAGUCAAGGAUCCACGUUUCCAAAGACUUCCCUGCCUUCACAAGGGGACUUAUGCUGAUGACUGCCUUGUUCAACGUGUCACACAGCACAAGUGCUACAUUGUGGCCACAUGUGACAAGGACCUGAGAAGGAGGAUCCGCAAGAUCCCUGGUGUUCCCAUUAUGUAUCUCUCACAGCACAGGUGCCAAAAUAUGAUGGGUCACACAACCACACAGGAAUUGUGCAAUCCUCCUUGUGAUGAGUUUCGCAGGGCAUUUCGAUACUACAAACAGCGUCGCAACCUGCCAUCUUUGUCUAAUGUCCUGGACAUCCAUGCCAUGAAUGAACCUGCUUGUAAUGAGACAGAAAAAGUUGAGAAAAUCUCAUCUCCAGUUGGGGAACAGAAGUCAACUCUGAAUCUGGAGUACCUGAUUCCUUGCAAAGAGUGGGAAGUCUUCACAUUCAUACAGCGACCAGGGCUUGUGUAUGUAAAGAAUCCAUUCACCAAGGAAGGUCAGCACUAUUGGUGUCGACGAUGUCUGAGGGAUUUCACACUCCAACCUCCAUAUUUGACCAACAUGGGGAAGUGUGGUUCGUGGUGGGAGGCAUAUAAAAACUCUGGUUGGAAUCGCCAUAUGAAGGAAAGACUGCGAUGGGCAACCCUUGGGUAUCAUCAUGAUUGGAACACCAAGGUGUACACAGAAGAAGGCAAAAGCGAAUUCCCUGAGGACCUAGGAAUCCUAUGCCAUAAGUUAGGGGUACACUUGCAAGUAGGAGAUUUCACAGCUCAAGCAGCCAUAGUCAACUUCUACCACCCAGGGUCCACAUUAGCACCACACACUGAUCACUCAGAAAUGGACCUCUCCAGUCCUCUCUUCUCAUUCAGCUUUGGCCAGAGAGCUGUGUUCUUGAUUGGAGGGGCAACGAGGGACAUUACUCCAUUGGCCUUACUCCUUCAUAGUGGGGAUAUCCUGGUGAUGUCUGGGGAAUCACGCCUUUCUUAUCAUGCCAUUCCUCGGAUUGCCAAAGGUCUUUUGUUUUUGACUGCUUGCAAGAACCUCCUCAGUACCAAUACUACGACCCAAGUAUAACAAACUUCUUCACCUGCCUCAUUUUUCUUGUACCUUUCAGAAGAUUGUCCAAAACAUCAUCUGAAACUCUCCACUGAAUUUCCUCUCACCUUUCCUUUUUCUUGGACAAUUGAUGUAACUCUGGCCCAGGUGUUUUUACAUUAAUUUCUGCUAUAAACAUGU